AUAUUAGUUAUAUCUUGAGAAUAGUUUCCUCCAUGUACUACUAUUCAUAGCUCUAUUUAAAAAUACAGUUAUAUGAACUUGAUAAGUUCAUUUAUCCACAUGAAAUCUAUUAAUUCACUUUUCACUCAAGCCCGAAUCAUUAACAACAGCUGUUUGAUGUAAAGCUGAUUAUCAAAAUCAUUAUGUUGUUUUAAGAAGAGUCACCCCUCAGAGGUCGGUUUUCCGACCUCUGCUGCUGCAUUGAAAGUACAAAUUAUUUAUACGAAUAGAGAAAUCUAAGACUAAGUAAUUAUAAUAAGAUGAGUAAAUUUGAGCCUGAUUGCACAAGAAGAUGCAAGUCUAAUUUACAUGGACAAACAUUGACUAGUGCCAUAACUAAGAGAUCUGUUAGUGAUUUAUCAUUGGCCAGUUUUGUUAAAGCUACAUGUUUUAAUUUUACAAAGUCAUUUGACUAUGAGGGUCGGACACCACUGCACAUGGCCGCCUCAAGAGGUAGAAAUGUUUUAUUGGAAUGGUUGGCAAAGCAUUCAUCUGAAGCUUUCCUAAAUAUGAGAGAUAAAGAGUCAGGAUAUACACCCUUACAUAGAAGCAUUCUCUAUGGACAGAUACAUUCUGCAGUGUCCUUAUUGAAAUUGGGAUGUAACAUUGAUAUACUAGACAAAGAUGACUACAAAGCAAUCGAGUUUGCAAUGUUAGACAGACAGUAUGUUUGUAAGGUUGAGAAGGCUAUGCCCUGCGACGUCUAUGUAUGGGGUAGUAAUUCUAACUACACACUUGGUACUGGAUCUCACCAGCCAAAGAAUGUUCCAGACAUGUUGACGUCAUUUAACAGAAGCAAUGAGGAUGUGAGGCAGGUAUGUCUUGGCAAGUUCCACAGUGUAUGGGUUUGCGCGUCCGGGUCAGUAUGGUGUGCUGGUCAGCCAAGCCGUGCUGGAGGGUCCACCAAUACUGCACUACGUCCCACCCUGCUCCGUCUACCGGAGCCGUGUAGGCAGGUCGCCCUUACCCUCACAUCAACGGUCUUCCUACUUCAAAGUGGCGCGAUGAUUCAGUAUGCCUCCAACGCCCCGGAUAGUACAAAUCCUUCACCAAAAGUGACAACGGUGCGACAUCAGAUAUCAAACCCGUUGGGCGUGAGUGCGGGCCGUUCUCAUGCGGUGUUGUGGAACGCUCAUGCGGUCUACACGUGGGGCGUUAAUAUGGGACAACUUGGCCAUCCGGUGGAGGAGAAAUCUAUCGCGACGCCAAAACGGGUAGCAAUAUCAAUGAAUGCUAAAGAGGACACCAAGUUUGAACUGGCGGACGCGUCAGAUGCCGCGACUGUGAUCACCACCAGCCGAGGAGACGUGUACCUCCUGCACAAAUAUAUCUGCAAAAAAAUUGCUGUCAAACAAAUAAACUUACAACAAGUUUGCGUGGAGUCAAAGAUGAGCGAGACGGGUGUAUAUUCCCGUGUGACCGUCCUGCUCUUGACUAAUGUUGGACAAUUGAUGAUAUGGCAAGAUGUCUCAAACAGACUAACAAGGUGUGUAUUCGGCCUUAGCCACCAGGUAAAGAUAACGCACGUGGCGUUAACACACGACGCUCUGUACUUCACGACUAAAUACGGCGAGGCGUUCAUUGGUCAUAUCUCGCGCAAAACCACGCCCCCGCCCGCUCAGCCAAUCAAAAAGGACAAAGACAGAGACAACAAAUCGGCGCUAGUUAAGUUCUUAGAGAAGGACGACUGUACAAUAGUCAAGAUCACCAGAAUACCUAAUGUGCACAGAGGUACUGCUAUAGCUGUUGAUAAUGAAGGAUUGAAUUUUGCUUGUUUACAGAACAAGCCGAUUUGUGGACUUCUAUCGAUACCAGAACUCUCUCCCUCGGGCUUUUCCAAGCACAUGGAAUCAUUGAUAGAAUCAGCAAGCGAUGAUGAUUUAUUACACGAUGUUAUUUUCAAGGUUGGCCUUAAGUUAUUCCCGGCCCACAUAUUCAUAAUAGCAUCCAGCAGUGACUUCCUAUACAAACUCUACCAAGAAGCCAGCGUCAAGGAGCGGCGACCAACUAUACCUCUGGAUAAUGUCCACCCCGAGGCCUUCGAGAGGAUUUUGAAGUACAUGUAUACCGGCACAUGUGAUGUGGCGGAAAUGGGUCCGUGUGCACUGAAGAUCAGGAAGGAGGACUUGAUUGGAACUAAAGAGAAACCAUUGGAUCUUGAUGAUGUCAUUGAAAACCCAUCGGAAAUAUCAGCAUUUGAAGUAUACAAGAGUCAUGAGAAGCGCAGGAAUAAUAAACGGAAACAAAAUAAUAAUAACAGUACUCCGACCAGAACCCCCCAUGUGUACUGCGAUCCAGUAAAACUGGUGCAGGCUACAGCAAAGAGGUUGCAAGUUAUGGGACUGCAUAAGCUGCUCGAUAAGUUCUAUUACAGAGAUGGCACUGUGUGCCUCAAGGAGAGUGCAACACACACCAAGAAUUCUCCUCAGUGUUGGGACCGUGAUAGUUACCACGAGCUCGUCGAUACAAAUGUGUGCUCAAAGGAUGGCAUGCUCAUAUCCGCCCAUAAAUGUGUGCUCGCCGCAAGACUUGAGUACUUUAAUGGAAUGUUUAUGCACUCUUGGACUGAGAGCAAACUUUUAUCAAAAGUCACAUUGCCAGUCAACCAUGGCAUUCUACUACCGGUCAUUAACUUUCUUUAUACGGAUAAAUGUCCUGAUAUUGAAACAUCGGACAGUAUUGACUUUAUAUGUAGCAUGCUAAUUGUUUCUGACCAACUGUUUAUUGGAAGAUUAAGGGAGAUGUGUGAAAUUGCAUUGGGCAAUCUAAUCACAUUGAAAAAUUGCACAGAAUUAUGCCAAUUUGCUCAUACAUAUAAUGCCACUCAAUUGAAACAAUGCUGCAUGGAGUAUAUUUCAUUAAAUUUAGCAAACAUUCUCGAAAAUCGGCUCUUGGACUAUUUAGAGGAUAAAUUACUUGAGGAUAUAACUAAAUACUAUUGUAAAUUCAACCCUAUUAUGGCAUUCAGAGUAAUCACUCCAUUUUCCAAUGCGCCUGAUGAUGAAACUGUUGAAGAAUGCCUAAAAAAUUAUCCAAUAGACUUACAAAUUAUUGACGAGGAGUGUAAGAGAGAUAGUUUUAUAGAAAGCAAAAAGAAAGUCAGAUCUAAAAAAGUUGAAUAUACUGAAAAUGAAAAGGCGAGAAUGCGAUACGAAUCUGUAAGCUCUGUUACUUCUCUUGAUGAAACUUCUGGGGAUAUUACACUGUCGCUUCGCUCAAUUUCAAAGGAGACCAACAAAUCUAGUGAAAUUGUUGAUAAAUGGACCACUGUGCCAACACAAAAGCAACAGAAACUAGUGCAGGCUCGGCUUAAGGCAAUCACUACGGCAAAAGACAUUUUAAAUGAAAAACCAUUAGAAUCUUUUACUAAAUUGACUAAAAACUCGCAUUCACAAGAAAGUCCUACAACAUCUCGCAUGUCAGUAUCGCCAAAAGAUUCACCACCAAUGGCCGAGCUUGUAAAUAGAACACAGGGAAAUCUAGUCAUCAAUCACGUGGGUCCCAAACUAUCUCAGAAACAAAGAAAGAAAUUGGCUUUCGACAAUGUAACACCACAGACACUAGAUAACUACUUAUCUAAUAAAUUGAGUAUUGGGUCACCUCCUGAGCCAAAAAAUCCAUGGAAAAUUAUUGAAGCGCCAAUUGCCUCAAGCAGUCCUAAGGGAAAGGCUGUUGGAUUUGAUCAUAUCCUUGCAGAUCAAAAGAAGCAGAAGGGUGACUCAUCUAGAAUCAUGACAAAGUCUCUUAUUUUAACUCAGCUUGAAGACAAGGCAAUAGAGGAGUUGGAGAGAUUUUAUAAUAUACAUGAAGUUGAUGACGAGCAUAUUACAGUUAGUCGGAUUGAACUGCAAGUGUCUUCCCCGCAAUGGAUACACACUGUCCCAAAGUGAUAUUAUGUGCUAUAUUCUAAAAUAUAUCAUAUUAUUGAAUACAAUAUGUACUAAGUAUGUUUAUUAUAUUAUAAUAUAAUGUGACAUGAUUUUUUUAACUUGCAAUAAUUUAUCAAAUAAAAUUUUAUUAAAA